AUGACGAAGUCGGAGCAGAAGAAGGCCGUGCAGUUCACUCGCAUGUGCAAGUUCUGGCGGACGAACGAGUGCAAGAUGGGGGCAGACUGCACUUUUGCCCACGCUUCUUCGGAGUUGCGGCCGAGCCCGAAGCCUUGCUUCGAGUUCUCAAAGAUCGGCUCCUGCGUGCGUGGGCAGGCAUGCAGAUUCGUUCAUUCAGGGGAUGGCAUGAAAAUCAGCGAGAAACCACAUGGCUAUGUGUUUGCAGGCGCUGGAGCCAAGCCACGCACGCCAAUUGCCCCAAUGCGCAUGAGGGUGCUGAUCCCACCGGACUCACUUCCGUUCCGCCCACCACCCGGCCUUGAGGACAUUGGCAUCAUGUUCGGCCUUGAGGGAGAGGGCCCUUGCUGGAGCUCAGAAAUCCACAUGGAUGGAGACAGUGGAAGUUCCCGUCGUUCCAGCCUGAGCGACAUGUCGCUGUCGAUGGACUUGAUGGCUGCAUCAUGGAAGUCAGAUGGCGCCACUGCGGCUACACAGAGCGGGACUUCCAGCAUGUGUCUGAGCACCACGCCCUCGAGCUUCAGCAAAUCUGACAGCCCUGAAGGGACAGCCUUUUGGAUUUGA